UUCAGUCCACUUCCUUAUUUCUCAGGUGCUUGGUCAGCGCUUGCCUCGGUGUAAAGCCAAGAUGUUUUUCUCCUUGUUUUCCCCAACUACCUGGACUUUGUUGGCUCUCUUUUUCACGCUGAUACUACUGUAUGGGGUAUGGCCAUUCAGAGUUUUCAAAAAGAUGGGGAUACGUGGACCGAUGCCUCUGCCUUUUAUUGGAACAAUGCACAAUGCUCCAAAGGGACUGGGUUUUGAGCGUGAGUGCCACGCCAAGUAUGGGAGUGUUUGGGGGAUUUUUGACGGACGAACACCCACUUUAAUGGUGACAGACAUUGAAAUUAUUAAAACCGUGUUUGUGAAGGAGUGCUACUCUGUGUUCACCAACCGCAGGGAUAUUUCCAUUAGGGGUGGACCUCUUGAUGAUGCAAUUACAGUAGUGAAAGACGAAAAGUGGAAACGGAUUCGGAGCUCGCUAUCUCCAUGCUUCACCAGUGGGAGACUGAAAAUGAUUUUUCCUCUUGUUGCUCGCUAUGCAGACCGACUUAUUGAAAACCUUGAAAAGACAAAUUUGGAUGAGCCCAUCGAUGUCAAACAGUUUGUGGGACCUUACAGUUUGGACGUAGUGACCAGUGCGUCUUUCAGUGUGGAGAUAGACUCCAUCAACAAACCAGAUGACCCUGUUAAAGUUCAUCUACAGAAGAUUAUGAACUUCAGCUUUUGGCCCUUUUUAAUAAUAAUGAUGAUUCCCUUCUCUCGUCGUCUGAUGGAGUUGCUUAAAGUUGAAUUGUUUCCCAGACACAGCGUGGAUUUUUUCUACAGCCUGAUCAAGAAAUUUAGAGACGAGCAUCAGUCUGGGAAAACUACUCGCUCAGACUUCCUGCAGGUGAUGAUCGAGCACAAGAUACCAGAUGAGGAUGUAAAGAUCGAACAAGAACAGCCAAGUAAAGGCUUGACUGAACAGGAAAUCCUUUCCCAGGCCUUCAUAUUUAUCCUUGGUGGCUACGACACAACCAGCACCACUCUCUCUUUCAUCUUCUACUGUUUGGCCACAAACCCUGAUGCGAUGCAGACCUUGCAGGAUGAAAUCGAUGCCAGUCUGCAGAAAAAGGCUCCCGUUUCAUAUGAGGAUUUAAACGGUCUGCAGUACCUGGACCAAGUGAUUUCUGAGGCGACGCGUUUGUAUCCCACCGCACCUCGGAUUGAGAGGGUUACCAAAAAAACUGUGGAGAUCCAUGGCCUCACCAUCCCUGAAGGAACAGUUGUUGGGGUUCCUGUGAAUGUUUUACACAGAGACCCACGCUACUGGAGCUCACCUGAACUUUUCAAACCAGAGAGGUUCAGUAAAGACAGCGGGGAGGAGGUGAACCAAUACGCCUACAUGCCUUUUGGCCUCGGACCCCGUAACUGUGUUGGGAUGCGCUAUGCUCUCCUCGUCAUGAAGAUGGUUAUCGUGCGUAUCCUGCAGAAUUACACUGUGGAAACAUGCAAGGAAACUGUGAUUCCCCUGGAGUUUGACUGGAAAUUACAGCUAGCAAAGCCCAUAAAACUCAAGUUUGUUCCCAGAAAAGAAUAGUACAAGAGGGAAGAUCUUGUAAUUCUGAGCUAGUAUGAAAACAAGCCAAGCCUUAAUUUACCAAAAUGAAGAACCUUUUGUUAAACCUAAUAAAUGAAUGAAUGAAUAAACAAAUGAAUGGUUUGCCUCCAGCCCAACAUAUUGGGCUGUUCAGCUGCAAGACACAGGAUGCUUCAUUAAUCAUUUAUAUUAUUGUCAUUUAUAUUAUCCAUAACCAUAAGAAACUUGUUUGUUAAAUCAGGUACAGAACAGGAGGCACUGUUUAUUUUCUUUAAUUCCUUUCAAACAGGGUACAAAUGUGUUCGGCUCCACUGAAGUCAGUUUGUGUGGGUUUGAGUGACUGAGGUUUCCUGAUCUGCAUUCACAGCAAACACAAGUGGUGCAAAAAUAAAGAAAUAAAAUCAUUUACUUUUAGGUUAUUUACUGUCAAAUAAAGAAGGAAUGAAGGGAUAAAUAGGGGUCAUUUUCUAAAAGCAGUCUUUGGUCAGUAAAAUGAUGUCAGUCAUAAGUGUUAUAGAAAUAUAAGGUAACAAUUUAGCUGGUGGAUAAUUAAUGUUGGAAGUGUAUGUACAGUCAUGAUUGUGUAACAGCAGGAAACCACCAGAAGCUUAAUGAAGCUUACAGGAAACCUCAGUUAACAGUACAAAUAACAGCCAGCAGAAGGCGCUGCCAUCAGCAGUGCCAGUGUGUGUGUCUGUGCAUUUAAAGUAAAAGUUUAGUUACGACAACGUAAGAGACAGUUACACCCUUUUACUCUAAAUCUGACAGAUUUGCUUUUCAGAAAAUAAUGUUUUUACCUGUAAUUGCAACUGUGUCAAAAUAAAUGAUGGUAAAAUUUGCUUGUGAACCAAAAUAAGUCUUCCAGAUGCAGAUAGUGCUACAUUUGCGAACCUGAAACACGGUCAUGGAUGGCCAGCUCACAGACACACAUGAGCAAGCAUCGAUGGGAUGUGUUGAACAAACAAGUCCAUAACAAUCCAUAAAGACUCCACCUCGCAAUUUAUUUCCAGGGCUUAAAGGAUCUGCUGCACACACCUAGUGGAUUCCAUGAAAUGACAGGUCAGGCCUUUUGGCAACAAAAGAGAGGCCUAUGUGAUGUUAGGAAGGUGGUCAUAAUGUUAUGACUGAGAGGUAUACAAGUGCACACACACAUUCACAAACUUACAGGUUGUAAACAAAAGCUCUUUUUUUAUCAAAGAGUAUAAAAGUGCACUGCCACAGUGUGCUGUUGAAAGGCUUUAUGGAGUGACUACUGCACUAGAAAUAAUGAGGCAAACAUAACAUGUGGGAUAAAAAAGUUUAAAGGAUUAUAUUACAAAGCCUUUUAGAGAAAUGCCAGAGUCUUUAUAUUUAAACAGUAAGGAAUU